CUGGUCCCAACAGCACCUUCUCCAUUCUUGAACUCUUGCUAGGUAGCUACAGCUUCUCACCAAUCCUUCCAUUCUCGGUUCAUCAUGCCAACACGCCAGCGAGGUUGAUGAUGGGUCUGUCUAAUUGCCGGGAUUAGUCAGCUAGCUUGGGUUCUUGCGUUUGGGGUGACCAGUUGACGAUGGAGACGCAGAGGGUGGUGGUGCUGGUGGAGGACGCGCCGGCGUCCCGGGCCGCGCUGCAGUGGGCGGUGCGCAACUUCAUCCGCGGCGGCGACUCCAUCGCGCUGCUUCACGUGUGCCCGCCCUCGCGGUCCAGGCGGCGGCGUCGUGGCCUCCGGCUCCGCGGCUUCCAGCUCGCGCUCGCGUUCAAGGACCUCUGCAACGGCAUCGCAGAGGCGAAGGUGGAGAUCGUGGUGCGGGAGGGGGAGCUCGGGGAGACGGUGGCGGCGGCGGUCGGCCAGCUCAAAGCCACAACGCUCGUCCUCGGCAUCCACGACAAGAGCUUCAUCUACAGCGCGCCGAGCCCGUCCGCCGGAGUGAGCAGCCUGGGGUGCAGGGUCCUCGCCAUCCGGGAGAACGCCACGGCGCGGCACGGGUUCAUGGAGGCGGAGCUCAUCCAGAUCGAGACCAUCAGAUUGCACGUUCCGCCGCCGAAGAUCCCGUUCCCGAUCCUCACGCUGCCGCUGGGCGUGAUAUGGAGGAGAUCGUCGUCAAAGAGGAGGAAAUGAUACAAGGAAAAAAGAAAGAAUAGAAAGAAGAACAGUGUUGAUCAUAGGAUGGAUUUUGUCAGAGAGAGCGGCAGAUCGAGCCGGCCUGUUCUGGCCAUGCUGUUCCUCUGCUGGACU